AUGGCGUUUAAGGCUCGCUUGGGUGCUAAGGGUUUUCAUCAACGAUUGGGAGUUGAUUAUCAUGACACCUUCAGUCCGAUGAGUUCCAAGAAGCUAAGAACAGCAGCUUGUUCUUCUACUGAGGCAGAGUACCAGUUUGUUGCUAGUACAACUGCUGAAAUAAAUUGGGAGUGGGUUCAGACCUCNCUGUAUGAUUGCACUGCUGAGUUCAGGUUUUUUUGGUUGAACUCCAAGCUGGCUGAGACUGGGGCCUGUGAUUCUCCUUCUCGUUACCAUAAAUUCAGAUUUAGUUCCGUACCUGUAUUCAAUUGUGACCAGAGUGGUCUCUAUGCAGCAUAUACAGGAGUGGUGUCUUAUGUCAAGGAUGGGCUAUUGUUUUAUAACAAGUAUGCACAUUAUCAAACUGGAAACACACCUCUAGCAUUAGUCUGGAAGGACGAACACUGUAGUCAAUAUGUAAUUGACACCGAUAGUAAAGGAGACAUUCCGAGCCAACAACAGGUAGUUUUGGAGCUGCAAGAUGAUGGAAAACUAUCUACAUCAGAUGAUCCUGCUGUCAACUUUGGCUGCUUAGAUAGGGAAUUCAUACAGAAGUCAGAGCUACAUUCUGGUAGUCUUCUAAAGUUUGCCAUUGGUGAUGGAGGAUUGAGUUUUGUGGAUGGGAAGCUUGAGAAGGCUGAUUUACAUUAUCUUGGCAAGACCAAUCGAGCACGCAUGUUUGCAGAUAGUUACUCUAAGGUUAUAUUUCAGUAUAUGGUUCGACAUGCACCGCUAAAAUUUGAUGAUCUGUUAGCUUCUAUUAGCUCAUCAAAUGAUCAAGAAAACAAACUUGAUGAUGUGGAGAUGGUCGGUUGACGGAGUAAUGGUGACUGCUGGUUUCUUUCAUAGUUUUGCCCACUGCCCUCCAUAAAGCAAGCAAAUGUCACUCACUGGAGGAUGGUGAUUGCGCAUGGUUCUCAUCAAUGGUUUAUGACUUUUGUGUAUCUAGCAAACUGACAGCUAGGAAGUUUUGUAUGAUUCCAGUAAGCAGCAGGUGAAUGUAAUUCUUGCCACCUUUUAUGGAGAUAUUUUUUAACCCUUUUUUAUGUAUAUAUCUUUUUGAGUUUUCUUGUAGGCACCUUUGCUAUGCAGAGAUUGUACCACAGCUCAGAAAUAUGACAUAUGCUUAUUUAAAACAAUACAAUUUUGAAUUGUACCAAAUAACCUUAAUUAUAAUAGUGUGGCUUUUUGGUGAUGAUGAUACAAUACGUUUCAUCUCUUUUCA